AUGUCCUCCGCGUCCCGAUUCUUAGUUUCGCAAUUGACCUCCCAGGACCACAGACAAUUGAAUAAUCUAGCCGGAAGGGUUACAGAGUAUGAGGAUUUAUUGAGAGAUAUCAGUCCUUAUGUCGAUAAAGGAAUCGCAGAUCGUAUUAUAGCUACACUGGACAAGUAUGCUGCCGGCAGUGAAACGGCCCAAGGUGAGGAGUCACAGGCAGAUGAAAUAAGUUCUUCCUCAUCUGUUGGGUCCCUGGACAAAAUCGACCGUGUUGAAGAAGACUUAAACCGAGCUCCACAGACUCGUGCGACAGGGUAUAUGGGGAAGAAUUCCGAAGUCACUUGGAUGCAAAGCCUACAAAAGAAGACGGAACAUCGCUCUCAAAAGCUGGCUGGCCCAUCCGAGGCUAAAGCUGACGAUCAAUUUUCAAUUCAUUGUAUGAGUUAUCACUUAGAUAACAUGGAUAUCUCUGUUCCUGGGCCAGUGCAAGUUUAUACGAUGCCGCCGCAAUCCGUGGCAGACAGACUUUUUGAAGACUUCUUGGAUACCGUCUAUCCAUUUUUCCCCAUCAUCAACCGCCCUCUUUUCCGCUCACAGUAUCAGACUUUCUCCGGAGGCGCGGCAAGGCCCGGUGACAAGUGGCUGGCAAUCUUGAAUCUUAUCUUUGCCAUUGCUGCCAAACAUGCCCAUCUAACACAAGCCCCCUGGCGAGGCGAAAGCCACGAUCAUUUAAUGUACCUGACCCGCGCUCGUACUCUCAGCAUGAACGGGGACGUCCUUUUUAGUCACCCUGAUCUUCAACAAGUUCAGGUUGAAGGCUUGACCGCGUUUUAUCUACUCGCUUGCGAUCAACUUAAUAGGGCCUGGAGAGUCGCAGCGCUGGCAGUACGGUCAUCCAUAACCCUUGGACUGAACUUGAAGAACACCAGUGACGCCACGGUUGCCGCCUCCAAGGAAGCGCGCUAUAAGGUCUGGUGGUGUGUCUACACACUAGAGCACAUGCUUGGGAUCAUGACCGGUCGGGUUACUUGCAUUUUAGGUGGGGUUUGCAAGACGCCUUUCCCUCUUCCUUUCGACGAGGAGCAACUGUCAGAGCCAGGUGUUGCUGAGAUCCUCGGCAACCACGAUCUGCAUUUGGAAUUAAUCGAAUCAAAGUUAUCUUGCUAUCAGAUACGGCAUGUGCUAUUCGAUCCUCAAGGCGUUAAGAAACCGAAUUACACACAAAAAAAAGAUGAAGCUUCAUGGCUAAAGAGCCAGCCUCACAGUAGCGCACUUGGUUUCCUCUAUUACGCUGACCUGGCGGUCAUAACUCAGGAGAUAGUCAAUCAGGUUUAUUCUCUAGAUUGCUGCACAAUGCCGUGGGACCAUAUUGAGAGCCGGAUUAGGUAUCUGAGAACUCGAGUUGAACUUUGGCAGUCGAAGCUCCCACAUGCAUAUGAUUUUACCAAUCUGAGAGACCAGGGUCAGGAGAUGCUCCGUACAAAGCUUCUCUUGGGAUUUCAUUAUUACAGCUCAUGGAUUACACUAGGCCGUCCGUGUCUCUGUCGUCAUGAUUCCCAACCGACCCUCUCAGAUCAGAGGUAUAUGUUCAGUCACGAGAUGGCACUGGUUGCACUGGAGUCUUCUCGCCUUAUGCUUGACCUAAUUCCCAAUUCUCCUGAUCCUAUUUGGCUCUACCAGACUUGUCCGUGGUGGUGCAUUCUGCAUUAUCUCAUGCAAUCAGGAACCAUCCUUCUGAUAGAACUAUCUUUCGGUUGUAUUCACCAGCCUGAGGAGGAGACGAAUAUUCUAAAAUACAGCAGAAAAGCCGUUCUCUGGCUCUUGGCCAUGUCCGACUACAGCCUCGCAUCCCGCCGUGCCUGGGAACUCUGUGACAGUAGCUUGCGGCGGAUUGCUCAGGACAUGGACUACGACGUAGGCCUUUCACUCGACUUGAACCAACGGCAACGUCAGGAGGAAUUGUCGCUCCGUCAGAAGUCGCCACCCAGGUCGAAAGCCCACACUACUGAAAGCUCACUAUCGGGCUUGGCCACUUCUGAUCAUGGUUUCCCAUUUGAUCCGAUAAGCGGCGAAUUAAUCCGGUCUUUUUUCCCAUUCAUCGAAGAGGAAGACCCGUGGGACGACAUUUGA